UCCAAAAACGACAGAAGAGAAUAAAAUAAAACGAAGACAAAAAAAUAAUAAAAUAAUAAAAAAGAAAAAAGAACAAAAAAAAAAAAAGUUGAGAAAUUUAGCAGUUCUGAAAAAAUUUGAAGAAGUUGUCGGAGUUUUAAAACUACGAUUCUCUGAAUCCCAUUUGUGGGAUCAGAGGAUCAUCCCUCCAAAAAUAGUCUCUUCUUUCGUCGGGAAAAAAUCUGCAUGUUUACACAGUUGGUUUUAUUUUGAGUGAAGUAUAUGCAGAAGAGCAAUUUUGAAGCGUUGUUGAAAUAAAUGCGAUUUUGAUCGAUAAAUUCAGAACGAUAGAAAAAACACUGAAUUUUUUGUAUUUUUGUUUUGGGGAAAAAAAUUGGGUAGUGAAAAAUGGCAGGAAGCGAAGGGAAAAUGCAGGGAUGGCUGUAUUUGAUUCGUUACAAUAGAUUUGGGCUUCAGUAUUCGCGUAAGAGAUAUUUCAUUCUUGAAGACAACUGCCUCAAGAGGUUCAAAUCGGUUCCCACUUCCGAUGCGGAGGAGCCUAUGCGAAGUGCAAUAAUAGACUCAUGCAUUCGUGUUGUCGACAAUGGAAGAGAGAGCCAUCGUAGAAAAUUAUUUUUCAUUUUUACCCUUUACAAUACCUCUAACCAUAGAGAUAGGCUGAAGCUGGGAGUGACCAGCUCGGAAGAAGCUGCUCGUUGGAUCCGAGCCUUACAGGAUGCUGCACUUAACCCGGGAAAAGAUUUGGAAUCGUGCUCUGAUGAAAGAAAAUGGCAGCCUUUCACCAUGAGCGUUUCAAAGAGAAUGGAAAAUAAAAGCUCCAUCGACUGGACUGCAACUUCUAUGCAAGUGAAUACAAAGACAUCUGAUGUUGUAGCGCCCGCGUCUUGGAAAAUAUUUGGCUGCCAAAAUGGAUUGCGUCUCUUCAAAGAAGCCAAAGAGAGAGAUCCAACUGGGAAGGAAUGGGAUGAGCAUCCAGCUAUUAUGUCUGUUGCUGUCAUUGAUGGAACUCCAGAAGCUGUUUUUCGUACAAUCAUGUCUAUCGGUACCUCCAGAAACGAGUGGGAUUUCACCUUCUGCCGGGGCACCGUAGUCGAGCACCUAGACGGGCACACGGACAUUGUUCACCUUCAACUCAACAAUCACUGGUUACCAUGGGCGAUGAAACGAAGAGACUUGUUGCUUCGUCGUUAUUGGAGAAGAGAAGAUGAUGGCACAUAUGUCAUCCUCUACCACUCUGUUUUCCAUAGAAAGUGCCCGCCUCAAGAUGGCUACGUCCGAGCCUGCCUCAAAAGCGGUGGGUACGUGAUCUCUCCUAGCCCUCAGGGCAAAGAAUGCAUCAUCAAGCACAUGCUGGCCAUCGACUGGAAGUGCUGGAAGUCGUACAUCCAGAAGGGGGCAGCCAGGACUAUCACCACCCGUAUGCUUGAGAAAGUUGCAGCCCUUAGGGAGCUCUUCAGAGCAAAGGGAGGCAACGGUAGCCACGAGUACAUAUCAGGAGAGCUCAGCGAUAAGGAUGAGACCAAGACAGAAGCUAGCUUUGAUCGCUCACAUAGUGUAACAGAUGACGAGUCCUCAAGACAGCCCGCCUCCUCCUCCACUCUCAUGGCCCUCAGUGAUGCUGUUGAUGAGUUCUUCGACGUUCCUGAGCAUUCAGAUGACGAGGGGCUAGAGAGUGGCUGGGCCGAGAGCCCGGAUAUGUGCUUUGUGGAGCAGCCUCAGACCAAAGUUUCAUCUGCCACCACCUUCAUGAAGAAACUGCAGAAUCUUGCAGUCCAAAAGAAGGGGUACAUGGAGCUGCCUGAGUUAUCUCUGGAGGAAAGUGCGUCGCACUACUAUGGCUCGACACUUCCAAAGGAUGCUAGCUUCACCAUGCCUUGUAGCUGGGCAGCCGCAGACCCCUCCUCCUUCUUGAUCCGUGGAGACAACUAUUUAACAGACAACAAAAAGCUCAAGGCAAAAAACACCUUGAUGCAAUUGGUAGCUGCAGAUUGGCUAAGAUCGGAAAAGCGUGAAGAUGAUCUAUCCGGUAGACCUGGAAGCAUUGUUCAGAAAUACGGGGCAUGUGGAGGAUCGGAGUUCUUCUUUGUCAUCAACAUACAGAUCCCGGGCCCAACAAUGUACAGUUUAUCUCUCUACUACAUGCUCAAAACUCCCUUGGAAGAAACACCUCUCUUGGAGAAAUUUGUGAAUGGAGAUGACACUUUUAGGAACUCAAGAUUCAAGCUCAUCCCCUACAUCUCUCAGGGCUCUUGGAUAGUGAAGCAGAGUGUUGGCAAGAAAUCUUGCUUAUUAGGUUCAGCACUCGAGGUUAACUACUUCCGCGGAAACAACUACUUGGAGCUUGACAUUGAUGUUGGCUCAUCUACUGUGGCAAGGGGUGUAGUCAACCUCGUCCUCGGCUACCUAAACAAUCUUGUAAUAGAAAUGGCAUUCUUGAUACAGGGAAACACUGCUGAAGAGCUGCCGGAGUUCCUGCUGGGGACGUGCCGCCUUAAUCACUUAGACGCGGCCAAGUCCAUCGCCACUGACACCAUCAGAUAGAGAAAGAUAGAACUAGAGUAAAUGGCUGGUUUGACAUUGCUCAAGUUGUAGUCUUUCUUGGUGUUUUUUUCCAUCCCAUCAAAAUUUUGCAAGAGGUGUUGAGUGCUAAUUCUCUCACACACACACAUAGUUGUGGUUGUUCUUGGAGAUGGAGAAUAGAAGAGGUUUUUUUUCUAAAUUUUGAAAUCAGUGUUUGUUUCAUGUAAUCUCCCUUUGUAACAUUAUUUUUGUUUUUGUUUUUUUGUCCAUGUGAAACAGUAUGCGACUUGUAUAUACUGUGAGUUUAUGUGACAACCAGUUUUAAUAAAAGAUUUUGCUUAAUUUUA